AGCAGGAAAAGCAAUGCAAUAACAUGUGCUAUAAAUGUGUGUGCCAGUUGAAGAAGUAAACUUUUUGUUUGAAAAAAUGACUGGAAUGUGAACGAGGGGGCGAUUACAGUAAAGGACUUUUGCGAUAAAUGGACGAUUUGUUUUGAUGGCGAGAUUGAGUAAACAUGAUUUUGAUUUCCACAAUUCGACAUCGAAAUAUUAAAGCAGCAUCAGUCGAAAAAUAUGCCAACAGGCAAGAAUGAAACUGGCGUGUUUUACAAACAGAAAGGGACUUUUUUCACUAAAAAUAAACCAUUCAAUAUUUCCACGGGGAAAGGGGAAAUGAAGUGCAGAUUUAAAGAUUGACGUCAACGUUACAAACAUUAAAACACGAAGUCAUGUUUUUAUACAAAUAAUCAUGCGACGUUUUCGUAGCACAAAAUUAAUGUUCACGAAUGAGUCGUGCUUGCCGGAGUUGAGCUUGAGAACGAAUAUCGCCGAUUUCAAGUCAGGAGACUUUACGCCGAAAUCGCGCUCCUGUUGAUGUGUACGCAUCCCCACGGCGCAUUUAGAUUGGACGAGGUAAUUUUCGGCUAUUAUCCAUUCACGCCGUAAUCUGAUAAAUGAGGAAACGCCUUUAAAAGUCGGCCCUGAGUGCGACUGCUAACGCCUUCAUUGUCAACUACUGUGUUAAUGUGACACCGUCCAUACAGAAUCCAAGGAUGCUCCGAGCAUUAGCGGUUAACAUUACCACCUGACUCUUGUGGACAGAGAUUAUGGUUUGUAGCCAACUGAAUGAGUGAUCCCAAAAUGGCUUUAGUGGGAAUGGGGUUUACGGGAAAUUUAAAACUCCACAGAUAUGAAUAUUUAUACAGUCACUGACCUAAUCCGAGAAUUGCCGUCUGGUGUGGAGUAUAAAACCCUAUUGUCAACCUCUUGAGCGACAGAAGGAAAUUGGAGUUCAUAGCUGGGGCCUGUUACACGCGGUUGAGUGAACUGAUAUUACCCUCUAACACAUACUGGCUGUAUCAACUUCGUUAUCGACACUAGGACUGUUGUGGGAAAAGGCUUGGUUUGGGAGUGCUUGCUGUACGCAUGUUUAAUGGACUGAAAGCGCAGAGAAAGCCACAAAUCAGACUUAGCUCCCUGUAUGUCAACACAGAGCAGGCGGGGAGAUAUUGACCCGUCUGUAGAUUUGUCGUCAGAACAAGCUGAAUUUACUCGCAUUUCAAGAGCCUUUUCAUAGCAAGCGAGCCAGUAAGACUGUCAACGAUUCAUCAAGGCGCGUCAGCGUGUCAACUUGUUUGCAGAAAUCGCAAUUUCACGGGGAUUUUCGAGGAUGACUGGUCGUUUUUUUGCCGUGACCUCUUCUUCGCGGGAUGCGUUCCUUGUGUUGGCCGUUCUCCUAGUUCUCGCCAUCAACAUGUCAAGUCUGGUCGGUGUACAAGGCCGCGCAGUCAAGAUCAAGACUGCAAACAAGCCCCAGGCGACGGAUGGAAGCCAAGGACCUAACGACGAGAAGAUUUUCAACGCCAACAUGCAUGCCAAAUCUGCAGGUGGCGGCAUCGUCCGUGAAGAAGAGGCACUAUUGACCGGUUCCUUAACAGAUGUCUGUGGUAAGCGACCCAUCCUUCCACCGAGACAGAACGAGAGUUCCACUCGGGUUGUUGCGGGGAUCGAAUCAAGUAAUCGCUGGCCUUGGCAAGUCGCUCUGGUUAAUAAGACAUCCGAGGAACAGUUCUGUGGAGGAACGCUGAUUGGAAGAGAUCACAUAUUGACUGCAGCACACUGCUUCGACAGUGGAGAAUGGCAUGAGGACAAUAUCAUCAUAGUGUUGGGCGAACACGACCGUUCAAGACCGGAGGGCACGGAGCAGCGAUUCGCAGUGGAUUGCAUCCACAUCCACAGCCAAUACGUGAACGGUGUUCCGUACAACAACGACAUCGCCGUAGUUAAACUCAGAACAGCCCCGGAUAAUGACGUCAUUAUCAACGACUAUGUAAUGCCUGCGUGUAUGCCGGAGAAGAAUGAGUUUCAGGCUGGAGAUACGUGCUACGUCACAGGAUGGGGUUAUACAAAUUUUUUGGACUUCACCUUUGGACGACGACCAGAUAUCAUCAACCAAGCACGGCUGCCUAUCCUCAGUCGCAAAGACUGCCGGGGCGCCUAUGGUAGUUUCAUCUCCAACAGAAUGAUCUGCGCCGGGUACCUGGAAGGGGAACGGCGGGCCGAUACGUGUAAGGGCGACAGCGGUGGGCCAUUAGUUUGCCAGCAGGUGGAUGGAAGCUGGAAGUUGGUUGGAGUCACCUCGUGGGGAGAGAACACCUUUUGCAACCCGUCACCCAGAGACGCCGUGCCAGGUGUGUACACAAAGGUGGGCAAGUAUCGGAAAUGGAUCACAAAAACAGUCGACAUGAAGAAGUGUCAAACAAGAAGCUAGUUUUAAAGGACCAGUUUUUGUCUUUUUCAUCACGGAUAGGCCAUUAACCUGAAAAUGCUGCUUUGUGAUUUGCUCUGGUGUAGUUAUUGCGGGGAAACUGCAACAGUUCAAAAAUAAUCCUGGAGACUUCAGAUAAAAGCUCAUAUCCUGAAACGAUAUAAAGAAAAAUGUCUGCAGAUGACGGAUCAGUCCAUUUUAACGACUGGAACCCUGUUCACAUGCGACAGAUAUUGUCGGCUACAUGUUGCAGUGGGUUCGUUAGGGCGGAGUGAAAUGCAAAAGAGUGAAAAGCUUAUUCAUAAAAGGAGUGAGUAAAAACACUUCAAAAGGGUGAAAGCCACUCUUUGAAAAGUGAAAACCACUCCAAGAUGCUGUUUAAAGGACGAUUUGAAAACAGAUUUUUGUGGCUCCUCUUUUAGAAUGAUUUUCACCCUCUUUUUUGAGUGGAUUUAUGCGGGACUCGCUCUUUGUGAGAGUGAUAUUUUCACUUUUCUGCCUUUAGAGAGUACAGACUCACACAUUGGCUGAGUUCGGGCGGCUUGUUCUCCUAUGUUCACGAAUCGCUCGAUCUGUUGUUUGUUAGUCGGCCGCUCGAACACCGGGAACGUACAACCGGUUCUCGCUGAUUGUUGCAUGCAUCAUGGCGGCAUCCAUGUGCGUUCUUUCAGAGUAAACUUUAGAAAGCUGGGCUGAAUUCUUUUCUAUUUACUUAAA